CCCUACCCUCCCGCACCAGCUAUAAAAUGCGUCCUCUUCCCUUCCUUCCUCCUCUCGCGCCGCCAGUCCCAACCGCAAAACCCUAGCCGCCGCUCUCCCUGCUCGCCGCCGCCGGAGCAGCAGCGAGCUCUCACCCCCACCACCUCAACCAGCCAUGGCGACCCAGAUCAGCAAGAAGAAGAAGUUUGUGAGCGAUGGCGUGUUCUACGCCGAGCUGAACGAGAUGCUCACCAGGGAGCUGGCGGAGGACGGCUACUCCGGCGUGGAGGUGCGCGUCACGCCGAUGCGCACGGAGAUCAUCAUCCGCGCCACGAGGACGCAGAACGUGCUCGGCGAGAAGGGCCGCAGGAUCAGGGAGCUCACCUCCGUCGUCCAGAAGCGCUUCAACUUCCCCGAGAACGGCGUCGAGCUAUACGCCGAGAAGGUCGUCAACCGUGGCCUCUGCGCCAUCGCCCAGGCCGAGUCUCUCCGCUACAAGCUCCUUGGAGGCCUUGCCGUCCGCAGGGCUUGCUAUGGUGUUCUUCGCUUUGUUAUGGAGAGUGGUGCCAAGGGUUGUGAGGUCAUUGUCAGUGGAAAGCUCAGGGCCCAGAGGGCCAAGUCCAUGAAGUUCAAGGAUGGGUACAUGAUCUCAUCCGGUCAGCCAGUGAAUGAGUACAUUGACGCAGCUGUGAGACACGUCCUUCUCAGACAGGGUGUUCUUGGCAUCAAGGUGAAGAUCAUGCUUGACUGGGACCCCAAGGGCAAGCUUGGCCCGACCACCCCGCUGCCUGACCUCGUCACCAUCCACCCCCCGAAGGAGGAGGAUGAGCUGCGCCCUCCGACUUUGGUCGAGGUCUAAGCUCUCAGGGAUCUUGGGCAAGGCGUUCACUGGUCUUGUCCUAGCUAGGUUUCUGUGCUUGCGAUAAGCAUGUGUCAUGCAACACCUGGUUACCUUAUGUUUUAUGGACAAAGUUCUGUGUACUGGUGUUAAUUUCGUUUAAACUAAGUUUUGCCGAGGCAAGUUACAUUCAUAUAUGUAUGCCAAAAAUCUUUGUUUGAGCAAUCUCUAGAUCUAUGUUGUGUCUUAAGUUUAUGAACCUCUAAUUCCGCCUUGCUGUAGCAAAUCAUUGGUACGUCCAAAA